AUGGCAAGCCAACAACAACCUCGUCCAUUGUUCCGUUUCGCUUCUAUGGUUCGUCCUGCUGCAGCUGCACAACCUUCAGCUCCAGCUCCAGCACCCGCCCCACAACCAUUAUUCCGGACAACGACUACCACCCCAUUUAGGCCUCCGGCAUCAGCAACUACUGCUGCUGCUACAGCAACUGUUGCUACUGCUCAGCCAACUCAACCUCAAGAAUCUAGACCACAAACACCAGCUACUGCUUCUGCUCCUCCUGCUGCCGCCCCUGCACCACUACCGCCGGCACCUCCUCAGCCACAACAACAACCAGCAAUGUCGGCCCCACGGAGCCCGAUUUCAGCACAGAAGCCUCAGCCAGUGGCUGCAGCUUCCCCACGUUCCACUCCAGCUACUCCACCUCCAAGAUCACCUGUUGCUCCUCCUCCACCUGUUGUUUCGCCACCAAAGGCUCCUUCACCACGUUCUCCGAUGGCAACACAGCCACAACGUGCCCCCACCGACGUACCUAAAUCUCCUGUUAUUAAAGCCACCACAUCAGUGCCACAAUCCCCAUUCAAGACAUUAGCUUCCAAUGUAACAACAGAGAGAGCUCCGCUUGGUCAGUUUAGUAGUCCGUAUUCUUCACCACUACCAUCUCCAAACACAAAAAUGGCAGAUUCUACCCAAACUCUCAUCAAUCAAUCGUCACCAUCAAAAGCUCCAACACCAUCUCAAAAGGUAAUCCAGCCUAAUUUAGUGAAAACCCAAACCUACUCUCCUCAAAUUAAGCCUGCAGUUUCUCACCCUCCAUCCCCACUAAAGCUUCCCCCUCCUCAACUUGAACUUGAGUCCAAGAGUCCUCCACAUAUUGAUCAGAAAAGUGUUGUGGUCCAAGAAACCACGAGGGCUAGCAUGAAUGGUAAUCAUGUCCCGCAGACCAAUAGAAAUGGAAAAAAUGUAGAAAACGGGAAACGAGAACUGGUUAAAAAAGAUAAAGGGGUUCAGCAGAAGAAGGUGUCUAAUUCUGAUACAGGAGAUGACUUUGGAAUGAGUGUUCUAACACUAGCUGGUGAAAACAAGGGGGCUAUUAUGGAGUUAAGCCCUUCAAGGAAGACAUACAGCCCUCAGAGCCAUCAAAAGCAAGGAAGCCCAAAGGCAUGGAGUAGCAGUGAGGAUGAUGGAGAAAAAUCAGGGAGCGAAAGUGGUAGGAAAAGAGAGAAUAAAAUGCCAAAUAAGUCCCUUCCUAUGACUGCAUUCAUGAACAGCAAUGUGCAGGGUGUCAACAACUCCAUUCUCCACAAUGCUUCUUGCACUCACCAUGAUCCUGGUGUCCACCUUGUUUUUGCAAGAAAGACCAAUGGUAGGCAUGGGUUCCACAUUAAGGGAAGUCCAAAGAGCUAA